AUGAUGGUAUUUGCUUUCAUCAACGCAACUUCGCCGACUUGGGGUCCUCUCGGCGAUGAGCUUGGGUUCAGUUCUGAGUGGUGGUGCGCAAUAUUCUUCGCUCUGCAAUUGGUCAUGUUCGUCCUCGGCUUUGAAGAGACGAAGUUCACACAUGUCGAGACCCAGGAGGGUAGACAAGGAAGCGUCACAACCGUUCCUGCUGUGUCUGGCCACAUCCACGGAGACUACAAGCAGAAGGCCGCCGAGCCUCCAAUCGAAGCAGAUGAAAAAUUGGAAUCACGCUCAGAUCGCAACAUGAGCGUCGUACACAUCAAUCCAAACAUUCCACGGAAGACGUAUCUCCAGAAGCUCUCGCUCACGACAACGUCACCUGGAUCUUGCGCAAACAAUGGCAUCUACGGACCGGAGGUCCGAUUCUACACUUUCGUACCUUUCAUCCCAUUUCAACUGGCUGGAGCUUGGUGGUUUGGCUAUGCACUGAACAAUGGAUGGGAUUGGAGUCAAGUGGCUGUAGCAUAUGGCCUUUGCAACUUCGGCUCUGCGCCAUUGCAGUCCCUAGCCCUCACUUAUAUGCUAGAUGCGUACGGAGAAAUCCUUGGAGAUGCUCUCACGGCUCUGACCUUCGUACGAAAUACUUUCAGCACAAUCUUCGUUUUCGCAAUGCCGGCAUGGAUCGCUGGAGUCGGCAUGACAAAUGCAUUCAACACCAUCGGAGCAAUUGGUGUGGUGAUCUUGUCCUUUGCCAUCUACUUCAUCUGGAAAGGCAAGCACUUGCGGGUCAAGUGUGCGAAGGUGUAUAA